GACAAGGGAUAAAUGAUCUACCUCUGGGAUCCAGUCCUGCCAGUGGAUGAGGAGGUGACGGAGCAAGGUCGGACCGGACGGAUCCGCGGAGCUGACAGGGACAACACGCUAAUUUCACGAUGAUAGGAUUAGGGAAACUCAGAAUGAGCGUCCCACUAGGAUUUUCCCACCGUUUCUCAUUUUCAUCCAUGUCUUUGAAACCUCUCGUCGACGUGCAUACUCAUGUAUACCUUCCAAGAUACGCUGCAUGGCUUCGGUCGCGUUCAGUUGCGCCCAAAAUCAUGUCAGCCGAGGGGGGAGAGGAGCGACUUUUGAUUCUGGAGAACGAACCUAGCGGUGGAAGGCCCGUAGGGCCCCAGUACUGGGACCGCAAAGAGAAGCUCAGGUUCAUGGAUCUGCACGGCAUCGAUAUAUCUUUUGUGAGCACAGCUAAUCCUUGGCUCGACUUCCUCUCCGCUGCCGAUGCGCAUGAACUUACGUUGGGGCUCAAUAAUGAUCUUGAAGAAUACUGCUCAACUGGGCCAUCGUACUCGGAUUCCGUUUUGAAGAGAUUAUACGGACUCGGCUUGCUUCCAUUGGUUCCCGGCAUCACCGUCGAAGCAAUUGUCGAAGCAGUGAACCAGAUAGCUGCUGCACCUCAUUUGAAAGGGCUGAUAAUGGGCACUAAGGGUAUCGGUAAAGGGUUGGAUGAUGAAGCGCUGGAUCCUGUUUGGCAAGCCAUCGAAGCCGCCAGUUUGGUUGUCUUCCUCCAUCCCCAUUAUGGCGUAGACAGCAAUGCGUGGGGUGACAAAGAUAACGGACACGUUCUGCCAUUGGCCUUGGGCUUCCCUUUCGAGACUGCUACCGCAACAGCUCGUUUAAUCUUGUCAGGCGUAUUUGACAGAUUCCCAUCGCUUCGGAUCCUUCUUGCCCAUUCUGGUGGAGCACUUCCUCAGCUAUCCUCCCGCUUGGCUUCGUGUAUCGAUCACGACCCCGUUGUCGCUUCUCGUCUCAAGCACGACGCGCGCUUCUACCUUGGUAAAUUAUACUUUGAUGCGGUCGCUUAUGGUCCAGAAGAGCUUGGUUUUGUCAGUGAGGUAGUUUCACGAUCAAAACGAUUCGAGACAGGAAGUACGAUAAAAGGGGAGGCAGACAGAAGAGAGGGAAGUCAGAGGAUGCUCUUUGGUACUGAUCACCCAUUCUUUCCUCCUCUCACGUCGACCGAGAAAUGGAAGAGCGUUGUGGAGAAUCUGGAAGCCAUCGCCUCCGUACCUGGUUGGGGAGAGUCGGAAAAGGAUGGCGUACGGGGUGGAAACGCGUUAUCAUUAUUCGGAUUAUAGAUGUAACACCUGCGUAGUAGGAAGAAAAAUAAUGGAAACAGGUUUUGGGAG